AUGUUCUGUUGGACUAUUCGAUCCCCUGAUUUAUUUCACAUACAGAGAUCAUCAGCCAUUGUUAAUCUUCAACGUUUUCGUGGUAGGAAAAUAACGCCAUCGCAAUUGGUUGAAGAUGAAUUUAUCGAUGAUUUGUGUCUUACGUCACAGGAUAAUAAUGAUGAUGCCUUACAUAAAUCAUACAGCCCAGCAUCUCAUGCGAUUUGGGAUGUCAGUGAUGGAGAUAGUGAUAAAGAUAACUCAGAAUCAACACCGAAAAUUCUUCCUCUUAUGUGUCUCAAUGCUGGAGCAUUGAAUGAUAUUCCAGCACGAUAUACUAUAACUUCAUUACCUAAUUACGAAUUUCCAGCUGUUGGUGUUUAUGUAGAUUCUAGAAUCAUUCCAGGAUUUUCUUACAGGGUUAGAGUUCUUCCAGAACCGAACGCAUCAGAAAAAUCAUGUUAUUUAUUUGAUGGGAAACCACUUGUACUAUUAAAUAUAGGUCGCGGAUAUUCCAAAAGGUUAACAUUUGAACCUGAUAUAAAUACAACAUUAAAUGAAAAUAAAAAUUAUUUUUGGACAGAUUCCAGAAGUGGAGGAUUCGGUUUUGAGGUUCACGUAUUAAAUGUUGGUGAUAAAUUUAUGAUACACGAUCCAAGUCGUUUGGUCGUUGGAACAUUAGAAAUAAUAACCGUUCAGGGUCAUCAAGAAGAAGUAUCACACAAAAUUCUCAAAGAUAAAACAAUUGAAAAAAGAGUUAAAAUAAAAGGAAUGUGUAAAAUUGAAUGGUUUGAUGAUUCAGGCACAACAACCAUUUUACAACCGAUGAACGGUUUGGUAGUCACCCAGAAGAAGAAAGGAACGUUUAAAGCAAUUAUAACGCGUAUCACAUCUGUUUCUAUAGGAAGAAAUAAUAAGAAAAGAGGUUUUACAUUAACUCCUGGAGUGAAAACAAACUGGAGACGUACGGUUGUAAAUGGUGGUACAAUUGGUGAUGCACCAACUAAAUACACAAUUAAAGGAUUAAAACCAUAUGAAUUACCUGUGAUAGGAACUUAUGUGGAUCCAAGAAUAAUCCCUGGAUUUAGAUACAAAGUUCGUCCAGCUGAAAAUAAUAAUAAUAAUUACAUAUUUAACGGUCAACCACUUGAAUUAAUAUCAAUAGGUGUGGGUUAUGGUAAAAAAUUAACAUUUGAAUGUCAACAAAAUCAACUCAAUGAACCUGAAAAUUAUUUUUGGAGCGAUUCAUUAGCCGAAGGUUUCGGAUUCGAACCGGUAGCACUUGAAGUUGGUUUAAAAUUUAACAUAAAAGGACGAGGUCUCACGAUAGGAUUUGCAGAAAUAUUUAGAAUAGAUGCUCCUCAAAAAGAAUUACAUCAAGAAAUGGAAAAAACUGAAAAUGGUUUAGUUUUAAAAAAAUACAUAGAAAUAGAUGUGACGUGUCACGUGACUUUACAUACAAAAUCCGUUAAUGAUGAAGUUAUGAGAGUGACCGGAACGGCUGUCAUGAGUAAAAAAUCAAAAGAAAAAAAAGUUAAAUUAUUGAAAAUUGAAAAUAUCGGUUUAGAUUCACAAAUUAAUUUAUUAUUUAUACACGAAGAUGAAAAAUUAAUUUUCGUACCGAUUUAA